GUUGCAACUGUUAGCCGGAAUGAAUACAGCCCAGCUCUCGUCCGCCUGACCUAGUGGAAGAACUGUAAACUUGACACGAUUAAGAUUUGGGUAAGAUUUUGACAGAAUGGGACACGCUCACUGCUGUACUGUGCUCCUUAUAGUAUUCCUUGCGCUACAACAAGCUGCUGGAUUUGGGCUCUUCGAUGUCUUUCCAUCAAGUUUCAAAACUCAAAACAAAGUGCCAAAUAAUAGCACUCCGCCGGUUCUUAUAGUGCCUGGGACUGCAGGAAACCAGCUUGAAGCCAAGAUUGACAAGCCAAGCCGUGUGCAUUGGAUGUGCUACAAAAAGACAGAUGACUUUUUCACACUUUGGAUUGACCUGAAUAUGUUCAUGCCAAUUGGGAUUAACUGUUGGAUUGAUAAUAUAAGAAUUGUAUACAAUAGGACAACUCGCAAGUCAUCCAAUUCUGCAGGGGUGUCUGUGAGAGUGCCUGGUUUUGGACAGACAUAUACUGUUGAGUUCUUGGACAACCACAAGCUGUCAGGUUAUUUUAAUAAUAUGGUUACACAUUUGGUCAACAUGGGAUAUGUCCGCAAUGAGGCUGUCCGAGCAGCACCAUAUGACUUCAGAGUAGCUCCGAACGAGCAGGAGGAAUACUUUGCACGACUGAAGAAGCUGAUUGAGGAUAUGUACGAGAGGGAUCAACAACCACUUUACAUCCUGGGCCAUAGCAUGGGAAGUAAUUAUAUCCUCUACUUCUUAUAUCAGCAGACCCAGGCUUGGAAAGACGAAUACAUCAAAGGCUUCAUUUCACUUGGAGCACCCUGGGGUGGGGCUGUCAAGACCCUUCGAGUACUAGCAUCAGGUGACAAUCUUGGCAUCCCACUGGUGUCCAACAUCAAGAUCCGGGAGCAGCAGCGGAUGACCACCACAAACCCCUGGAUGCUUCCAUUUGAAGAGGUCUGGCCUACAGACCACGUCUUCAUCUCCACGCCAUUAUUCAACUAUACCCGCCAGGACUACCAGCGCUUCUUUAAAGACAUUGACUUUGAAGAUGGCUGGUUCAUGUGGGAAGACACCAGAAACUUGACAGCUGGUCUGCCCCCUCCUGGUGUUGAGAUGUACUGCUUCUAUGGUGUGGGGCUGCUCACACCGGUUACCUAUAUUUAUGACGACCAGUUCCCAAAUGCAGACCCCAUAGACUAUGUGUAUGCUGAUGGGGAUGAUACAGUGGACAGUCUUAGCCUCGGUCUUUGUAAACGCUGGAGAGGGAAGCAAGAACAGCCUGUCCAUGUCAAGGAAUUCAGGUCUAUGCCCCACAUGGAAAUAGUAUUAAAUAAGAAGGUGAUCAAUGUGAUCCAGAGUAUUCUGGAGGGAAGAUAUAGUGAAGAGGAUUCUACAUUGAUGAACUGAUGAACAUCCCAUUGAUUCCCCACUCAUGCAAGAUCAGGCCCAGCCGGACCAGCCUCCCAAAUCUAUACUGUAAGCUUUUGGGGAGAAAAUGAUUCACCCUCCCAAUAUACAUACUAUUACUGAUGCCAGUAGGCUAGCUACAGAGGUGGACUUAUACACAAUGUACAAACCACUAGGAAUACCUGCUCUUUCCAUGACAGACUGACCAGGUGAAUCCAGCUGAAAGCAAUGAUCUCUUAUUGAUGUUACUUCCAACUUCAAUCAGUGUAGAUGAAGGGGAGGAUACAGGUUAUAGAAUGAUUUUUAAGCCUUGAGACAAUUACCACCCCAUAAUAUUAUUUGCGCCUCUACCAGAUGGAAACGAAAAGUGUAAUGGCUGUGCUCAAUGUAAUGGCACUUACAAAUGUAGACCCUUCAAACACCCUCAAACAGGGAAACGGAUCCCAAUCAAAGGUGUUAUCAUGUGCUCCACUAAGGCAGUUAUUUGUGUUAUAGCUUUUCCUUGUGGUAAAAAUUGUGGGUAAAAGAAAGCUCAAGUUAAAAAUAAGAAUCAUGGAGCAUCGUAGCACCAUUAGGUGCAAAAACUAGACGUACCCAGUUGUGGCCCACUUUUUGGAAGCGAACCACUAUUUCGUCCCUUCGUGAAAUCGCCAUCGAACACGUCACCCUCCCUAGGAGAGGGAGUGACCUCGACAAUUUGUUAAAACGAGAGGCCGUCUGGAUCUUUCAUUUAAAGACCCCCUCUCUCUUGCUCCCUUCGGUAUCAAUGUAGACUUUGAUCUGAAGCCAUUCUUGUGAUUGUGAUUUUCCUAUUAAUUAUAAAUAUUUAUAGGCCUAUGGAGACAAAUUGUAUCUAUGAUUGUAUGUUAUCUAUUCAUGCUUUUUAUAUGUUCUAUUUAUAUCUGUAAAUCAACCAAUGAAAUCAAGCCACACUCAGCCAUGAUUAGACACCUGUGUGUCCUUUGAAACUCUAUAAACUAGUGAACCGCGGUGUUUGUCAUUAUACCCUGAUGAAAACAGCUUGUCUGUCGAAACGUUGGUUAUUAAAGUAUUGCAUCUGAACUCCUA